GGACUCGCCCAUCAACAACGAAGCAGGGCUGUGUGUGGUGUCAGGUCUCUCGCUCAAUGAUGAGGUUUCAUGAGGUGCGCCUUUGAGAUGUUAUGGAGUCUGUAGAAUAUUCUACAAUUUCUUACUUUUCCGAUUCCUUGAUGUUAAAUCAACAGUUCUGUUCUUAAAAUCCAAGAUCAUCCUGUACGUGUAAACAUACCUUUUUAUAUAAUUUUAGUUUGUGAAUAUAGGCUUCUUUAAGUUUUUCCAUACAGCGAAAAUGUUGAAAGUUGUGUGAGGACACUCCUUCUUCGGGACCCGACGGACCAAGCCAACAGCUGUCAAAUUGGGGGACAUAUCAGCUCUUUCAGUUUCUUUAAGAUGUGUGUUGCCUGUACAGCUGGAGCUGCGCUGACUGCCCACUGCAGACUGCGACUCAUGAAGGUGGUACUUCAAGCUUGAACUGCUCCGUUGGGUGCUAACAGAGAACGCAGAAAAUUCAGUGGAGAGGAGCAAGGAUUUGGUAUUACAGUUUCGUCAUGGGUAAACAAAACAGCAAGUUGCGCCCUGAGGUCCUGAAUGACUUGCGAGAGAACACGGAGUUCACAGACCACGAGCUGCAGGAAUGGUACCGCGGUUUCCUGAAGGACUGCCCUUCCGGCCACUUAACGGUUGAGGAAUUCAAGAAGAUUUAUGCCAAUUUCUUUCCAUAUGGUGAUGCUUCAAAGUUCGCAGAACAUGUCUUUCGCACCUUUGACACCAAUGGUGAUGCCACUAUUGACUUCCGGGAGUUCAUAAUUGCACUGAGUGUGACCUCGCGUGGAGGCCUGGAACAGAAGCUCCGUUGGGCCUUUAGCAUGUAUGACCUGGAUGGCAAUGGAUACAUCAGCCGAGCUGAAAUGUUGGAGAUUGUACAGGCAAUUUAUAAAAUGGUGUCAUCUGUAAUGAAGAUGCCUGAGGAUGAGUCAACUCCAGAGAAACGCACAGACAAGAUAUUCCGACAGAUGGACACAGACAACGAUGGCAGACUCUCUCUUGAGGAAUUCAUCAAAGGUGCCAAGAGCGACCCCUCUAUUGUCAGACUACUACAGUCUGACCAAAGCACGUCUCGACAGUUAUAAAUACAGGUGUUAAAAGCAGCUGACAGGCAACCACUCACAUGCGCACUCAAAAGACAGAAAUAUUAGGAAGUUAGUUGCUUUAGUUGCUGUCUUUAACAAUGAUAAACUUCUAUAUACUUUCCUGCUUGUUAGCAUUUGUCCUUGUUAAAGGCCGUGUACCCAUUUCAUCAGUACUCCAGCAUGUUGUUAUUUUGAUGUAAUACUGUUUGGACCUGAAUGAUUUGACAAUGUUGAGUUGUCUUCAAUAUCUAGGCAUAAUUGUAUUUUAUAUUAAGGGAUGACCAAAAAAUAUGUAUAAUAAUUAAAAUUGUUUGCAUUCCUCUUAAGGAGAUAAAUGAACAGGUAGUGCUGCCUUCAAAUACCUAGAAUGGCUGUUAAGCCAUUUGGGUCAAAACAGGAUGUUUGUAAACAUUCCAUGUCUUAUUCAAUCCAAACAUUGCUCUUAAAAUAGUAAAAAUUUGCCUCGAAAUGAAACUGCCUAAAUAUGAAAGUACGGCACUGCUCAUCAUAGUACUUUAAUUAGUUGUGUUUUGAUCGGAUGUCCAGCAUGGGUUUUGCACUACAGGUGGUCUCGAUUAAUUUGAAGCACCCUGACUGAAAGUGCUGACCUGCCAAUCAUGAUACAUUUUAGGGCAUCAAAAUGUUUAGUUCUUUAUUUAAAAAAUUUAAAUUACAGAAUAUACUGAAAAUCUCUGUAUGCCCACUGUUUGACUGAUAGCUGCUUUGAUUUACAUGCAUUUUUUUUUUCUUCCAUAGACAGCUUUUAGAUUUAAUUAGUCCAUAGAAAUAUGCUAAUGCAUUUCUUUUGGCAGUUUUUGUUCUCAGGAGUUAAGAAAAUUAUUCAAAAUAUAAUACAUUCCGUAAUUAUAUUUUCAAGUGCAAUCGAAUCAGUGCACAUGAUUCUAUUUCACUGCAUUUUAACAUCUGAUUGAAAACCUGGUUAGCUUCAAUUCUAAAGUUCAAGAUUACUAUGAAGUAACUCAUGCGGACAGUCCUAAUAUAUAUAUAUAUAUAUAUAUAUAUAUAUAUAUAUAUAUAUAUAUAUAUAUAUUUUUUUUUUUUUUUUUUUUUUACAUCCAUGCUGCCUUCAAGGUAAACACCAGCAGCCAUCUGCCUUUAGGCUGCUACGGUGCUUGAAUCAUUAAUAUUUCAACACUGUUGUCCAUUUGGACAUAUGGAGCAGAUAGAAUGGCAGAGAGGUGGUUAGUUUCUCCUAGUCCUUUCUCUAGUCCAGUGUCAAUAUAAAUAGUACAGAUGCUCUUGUGUAUGUAGCUGCAUGGAAUGUAACUUAGUUUCUCCAAGUUCUUUGUGUUAAUGCAGAGAAUGAAUUUUUUUUUACUAUUAACAAUCAUGCUUAUUAGAUAAUGCUCUAAAUUUUCACUGUUGCAUGGAAGUAUUUUUGUGCUUCAAAAAGCUCUGUGUAAAAUGCCUUGUUUUAUGAUAGUUGAAAUGAAAUGCCAAACCAUACAUUUGUACUGGAUAUAUUAGACGAGUCAUUUUUAAUUUUGUAUAGUAGUAAUUGUGCUAUAAGCAAUUUGAGACAGUAAUGUUGUCUUUACUGUAGCUGGGAAUGGGAUGUCCAGACAUAUCUUUGUGAAGCCAAAGCAUCAGUGCAAAUCUAAACGUUGGAUCUUUACAACUGAACAGCGUACUUGUCUGCAUGGAUAAUAAACCACUGAUUCAUAAGCCAUUUAAGUCACUGGGGUCCACUUGAAAACAUAUGAAUAUUGGUAAGAACUGCUCAAUAGUGUGGAUAAGAUUGAGUUGUAAACUGUCACAGGGCUGUAAUAAAAUCUAGCCAAUUUA